AGCCAAGGAGGGGCAGUGCCUGAAGGUUGCUGUUCUCGGUGCUGAAGCCUCCCGCGGAUGCGAGUUGUGUUGAGAUAACAGCAUCCCUCUCCUCAGCCACCUCGACACACUGGCUUUUUCCAUAAGUUCCGUGUCCUCCCGGAACCAUUUUGAUUAGGCUACAUGUGCAAUUAAUAUAUGAACCCUUGAGUCAGCAUGCCGUGUUAGGGAAGGUGUGUCGCGGAUCAAUAAUCAGGAUGGAUUCGCGGUCUUUCAUCCUUGCUGUUCUAGCUUUCCACGCGUUUGCUGCCAUCGCUGCGGAUAGAAAAUUCGGCUGCUUAUUUGAAGAUGGCGUCUGUGAGUCAUACGAAGUUUGUGCCAAUGACGGUGUGUUUGGGAGGUGCCAGGCUUUCCCAGUGACCGAGGCGUUCUCCUACGAUGUCUCUCCCUCUGCCCUUCGCCAGCUUAGGUCCACCCUGCAGAAGCUGGCCCACAGAGGUUACACGUGGCAGGACGACACCACCCAACAGGUCAUCACCAAGGAGCUGGCCAAGCUGCCCAAGAUCCCCCUCCGACACCUGGAGGCGUCCUUCGCCGACUUCCCCGGCACUUCAAGAGCCAAGGCUCCACCUCCUGAUGCCAACAGGAAGCUGAAAAUGGAGGAGGCGGAGCUCAACAAGUCACUCCAGAAGCACCUGCAGGAUCUGGGCUUCCUGCCUCCGACUAGUUCCCAGUCCCUGUCCCCUGAGGGCUCCCUCCGGCAGCUGAGUGGCGACCGCUACCACCUCAUCGAGUACGUCCAGCCCAACACGCAGGGGAAAGGCAAGACCACCGCCACCUUCUUCUCCUACCACGCUCCCAAGAAGACGCAGGGCCAGGGGUCGGUGGACGGAGUCGGGGUUGCCCCAGCUCCAGUGACCCCUCCUGCUGGGCAAGACCAGGAGCGGGCCAAGGCUCUGCUGAAGGAGCUGGAGGAGUACCUGGCUGGAGACGGGCCAGCGCGUCGGCCCGGGAGUCCCGCGGUCAGCGCCGGAGUCAGCGCUAGCGGGCGACCCCUGGGGAAGUUCCGGUAUUUCAGCAUGCUGAGGCCACUGGCCGCCGAGCGGCUCAAGGUGGCCGAAGCCAAGGCGGACAGGUUCGGCGGGAGGCUGACCUCACAGAAGGUUCUGGAAGCCCCCAAGCCGCCGCUGCCGAGGAUCGACCGGCUUUUCUUCAAGGCCGCACCAAAGCCGCCAGCGGCCCCCAAAGAGCCUCUGAGCUUGGUGGAUGAGAAGUUCAUCCAGAACGUGGUGAAACAGCUGGGCCGGAAGAGUGUCAACAUCGACGCCAUGAGCCCCAAAGACCUGGACCAGCUCUCCGACAUCAUCGCCGAGGCCCUGCAGGUGGUGGACGGUGUUGGACCCCAGGUCAGUCGGCAGAGGGGUCGCGAGGUCACCGCAGAUAAGGGGGCGGCCGACGAAGAUGAGGACGAGGAUGGGCGCCAAGGCGAGAGUGAGGCGAAGAGGGACCCAGAGCUUGAGGCUUCUUCGAGGGCAGAUCGGCCUGACGCUUUGAAGAAGGAGACUGUACCUCAAGCGCAACAGACAAAAGUAGCAAACUCCAACUCUGAUGACAAGGACGGUGGUUUUAUCAAGCAGCUGUUGGAGUACCUUGACCAGACCACGGACCCUGGCGCCUUCUCACCGGACACUCCGCCAGACGUGCCCGUGCUGGGCGAGCCUGCCAACCUGCGGGAGCCCGUGGCGCCGGGCAGAGUGUCCGUGGAGAACGUUCAGAGCAAGACCACCCAGACGCACCUGGACGUGCCGCAGAAAAAGAAGGAGAAGAAGAAGAAGGAGGAGGAGGAAGAGGAGGUGCUGGCGGCGGCCAACCCGCUGGACCGCUUGGACCUGCUCGGGGAGGCCGAAGUGGAGCAGUGGAUGCAGGGCGCUGGGGCGCCGGACCUGGGGCUGCUGUCCGAGCCCCAGAAGAAGGACAUGGGGUCGCAGCGAGCGGAGGAGAGGGAGGCGCAGCGGAAGAGGCUGAGGGUGGAGGAGGAGCUGACGCUGGGGGUGGCCACCUACACCAUCCCGGAGAAGGAUGCAGACUUUGGCUACAUCAUCACGGAGGACUCGCUGUCCACUGAUCAGGGGCUCAACCUCAUGGAGCUGCUGGCAGAGAAAGCCAAACUGCGGGUGACGGAUUUCCUGCAGCUCUCUGUUUUGGGACCGGCAGUAACCUUCAGAGUGCGCCCCAAUCCUCGCAAUGUCAGCACCGCUGAACUGGGAAGAGUAGCAGUUGCGCAAAAGGACCAGCUGGAGAAGGAGACUGGACUGCACAUUCUGGAGGCCGGCAUGAGUGAUAGGAGCAAGCUGAACCAGAUCCCUAUCGUGAAACACAGCCAUGUGGAGUCCAGCAACUUUCUGGUUUUGACCGUGGUGUCCAUGGUGUUUAUUGUCAUGGUGCUGGGGGUGUCGGGGGCGCUGUACUGCCUGCGUCACCACUCCCACCUCAAGCUGAAGGAGAAGCUCGCCAGCCUGGGGACUGACACCAGCGCCGAUGCCACGGCAGCCUAUCAGGACUUGUGUCGGCAGCGAAUGGCAGUGCAGACGUCUGAGCGGUCCGAUGGCGGGGAGCGUCCAGAGCCGUUGGCGCACACGUCACACACGUCGCACACGUCGCGCAUCAACAGCGUGUCGUCGCAGUUCAGCGAUGGGCCCAUGCCGAGUCCAUCGGCCCGUAGCAGCACCUCGUCCUGGAGCGAGGAGCCCGCCCACUCCAACAUGGACAUCUCCACCGGACACAUGAUACUGUCCUACAUGGAGGACCACUUGAAGAAUAAGAACCGUCUGGAGAAGGAGUGGGAGGCUCUCUGCAGCUACCAGGCUGAGCCGGGCGCCUCCGUCGUGGGCCAGGAGACGCAGAACGCCCAGCGGAACCGACCCAACGGGGUCCUCGUCUACGAUCACUCCCGAGUCACCUUGAAGCCUGAGAACAACCACAGCAACUCAGAUUACAUCAACGCCAGUCCCAUUAUGGAUCAUGAUCCUCGUAACCCUGCCUACAUCUCUGCCCAAGGUCCACUGCCUUCUACUGUGGCUGAUUUUUGGCAGAUGGUGUGGGAGAGUGGCUGUGUGGUGGUCGUCAUGCUCACCCCCCUGUCGGAGAACGGCAACAAGCAGUGCCAGCAGUACUGGCCCGAUGAGGGCUCCACCCUCUACCACAUCUACGAGGUGAACCUGGUGUCAGAGCACAUCUGGUGCGAGGACUUCCUGGUGCGCAGCUUCUACCUGAAGAACGUGCAGACCAACGAGACGCGCACUGUCUCGCAGUUCCACUUCCUGUCCUGGAUGGACCAGAGUGUCCCUGAGUCGGCCAGGACCCUGCUGGACUUCCGCAGAAAGGUUAACAAGUGCUACCGGGGUCGCUCGUGUCCAGUCAUAAUCCACUGCAGUGAUGGCGCUGGGAGAAGCGGAACAUACAUCCUGAUUGACAUGGUCCUCAAUAAGAUGGCUAAAGGUGCUAAAGAGAUUGAUAUUGCUGCUACCCUGGAGCACUUGAGAGACCAGAGGCCCAGCAUGGUGCAGACAAAGGAGCAGUUUGAGUUUGCUCUGACAGCAGUGGCUGAAGAGGUGAACGCCAUCCUCAAAGCUCUUCCACAGUGAAGGUCGUGAGCAGUCACUCUUCAGACUGGCAGCUGUCCUCUCUCUGCACCUCUGAUGCCCCCCCCCUCUCUCUUUCUCUUUCUCUCUCUCUCUAAGGCUCUCACUCCCUCUUUCCCCUGUCUCCUUGCCCGCACUCUUCCUCAAGAGGACUCUAGCCUCCCUUCUUCUUCUCUCUCACUCCUUUUGAAGAUGGAUGCACCUGCCUCCCCCCCUCCCUCCCACACACACACACACACACACCUUUUUCCAUUGCUUGUGUAAAUACAAAGUCCUUACCUCACCUCCUCAGUCUUUCUCCACUUCCUUAUCCACCCUCUACCCUUUACAUCUCUCUUUGUAUAAACAAAAUGCAUCACCCACUUUCCUUCUCUCUUUUCACAACAGUAGGGCAUAUCCCUCUUCUUCUCCUCCUCCUCUUCUUCUUCUCCUCCUCCUCUUCUUCUUCUCCUCCUCCACUUUUUGUAAAUGUGUGACUCUGUGAGCAUAUUCAUAAAUGUGUUGUAUUCUAACGGAAAAUGUUUUUAGAACAAAACCUUCCUGUGGUGGUAGCAAUGAAAAAUAUAUCUAUAAAAGAUUUAUAUCCUCCCUCCCCUAUUUUCUUUCUCUCCUGCAACUCGAGUUAAAAAUGAUACUGUACACUAUAACCAACAGAGAAAUUAUUUAGACGUGUGACUGUCGUAAGGAAAGUCUGAUACUCUUUCUCUUACUCUAUGUGUCUUGCUCUCCUCUAAUUGAGGUUCCUAGACUUGGGGUUGAUGCCAGUAGAAAUCUCAUGACUUAAUGCAGCAUUGUGUCUAUAUGACACAACUCAUAAAACCCCAUAUCAGUGUUUACUAAUCUCAUUUGUUUUCUGUGCAAUGGAUCAAUAUAGCAACCACUGCCUCAAUGUGAAUAUCAAUGUGACAAAUCUGGAUAUAUGAAUGGUGACAAGCAAUAUGAAAUAAAUUACCUAUGGAGAUUACCAGACGGUCAAAAGUUUAAUUGUGGCAUAUUGGUUUGUGUCCACACAAAUCUUGUGAUUGUGUAAUUUUCGACUGAUAACUACAGUGUAUGCCAUGAAUAUGAAAUAAUGUAUUGACAUCUGAAAUGUUCUCUAAAUUGUAAAAUAUAUUUUUGUGUGUAAAUGAUAGGCCUAUCAUAUUAGUAAUAAAGCUCUAUUCAAACUGGC